AUUGGGCCUCCUUUUCACCGACGUCACAUCCGCAAUUGCAAAACACGAUGGAGGAAAAUAAUUCAAAAACACUAGAACGUGCCAACGCCGAGUUUAAAAGGCAGAAUUUCAAACAGGCAGAAGAACUGUACACAAAGUUUAUCUCCUCCUGCGUACAGUCCAGGGUAUGUGAAGCUACUAAUUUGUCCACUGCUUAUAACAACCGCGGACAGAUAAGGUACCUUCGGGUGGACUUUGAUGAAGCAGUAGAGGAUUACACUUCAGCAAUACAGGCUGACAGCCAGUUUGAAAUACCUUUCUACAACAGAGGACUGGUCCGCUAUAGACUAGGUUUUUUCGAAGAUGCCAAGAGUGACUUCCAGCAAGCAUUAAAACUCAACCCAGAUUUUGAAGAUGCCAAAGUGAGCCUCCAACAGACACUUCUGGACCAGCAGCAUAAGAUAAACAGAGGAUACUGACAUCUUUAUAAACUACAGAGUACAUAUAUAUAUAUGAACAUGAGGAUAAACCUUAAAGCAAAUACACAGCUUCAAAUCCGAUUACAGCUUCGAAAUGCAAAAUCAUUCACAGUUUGAACACAAGUAAAGCAGUGGACAGACAUCCUCCUGGCUCAGGUGCGCCGUCUAUGGAUUUUUAUUGAGCAGAGCAUUGAUGAUUCCUUUUCUGCACUGAUUAAAGAUUCUUCUAGAUGGGAAAAAAGUAACAGCCUCAUAAAUGAAAGUAUAUCAUUGUGUAAGUGUGUGAGUGGUCAGCGAAGACUAAUGAAACCAGGCGCAGCAGGUAAAAACAAUGAGCCUGGGUUUUAUUGUCUGUAAUAAAUGUUAGUACACCAUCUGGAAGACUUUAGGAGGUUUGUGACCAUAAACAAACCACAAUCAGUUGCUGGCACACAGUUAAUGAUGAGGAGUGUCUCAGCUGCAAAAUGAAAACAUAUUUUGUUCCAAAAAGUCUUUCCACAAGGUGACAUAUGGUUUUAAGAAAAGGUAGCCAUCGGUUAUACGUCCUAUAUUCUACCAGACCCCUUUAGUAUUUCUUGAAUGAUUAUAUGUACAUAUGUUUGUAAUCAGUGAACAAUAAAUUAUUUCUAUUAUACUAC